ACUCUCAAUCUGCCGAGUUCGCAGAGCCGCAAAAACCACUUCACCGAAGUCUCAAGCGAUAAGAUGAUGCCUUGUCCUUUUGUCCUUUUCCGGACAAGAGGGAAAUAUGCGAUGCAUAUAUUGCAGAUAUUUAUUAGGGCCCGUCACCCACUGGGUAUCAUGCGCCUAUUGACGAAUCUAACGCUCCUUUCCUUCACAAUCCUUCACUAUGACUACACCGGCUCGCUUAGAAGAGGGCCAUGAAAUGAAUAGGAUCCCCGGUAGCAGUGAUGCUAAUGAAGGUCCUGCAGAGCCUAGAACUAGGAACAACAACGCCGGGCAUGAAAACUUUCGUGGAGACUCUGACUUUAUUGAUGAUGCGCCUGCAGGCUGGCCUUCUAUUGCCGCUACUCAGUUAUACUAUCCCAACUUCAGUAUUCAUCGACGUUUCUCCUACCUUCUACAUCGGGUCCUCAUAGAUCAGGAAACGAAGCUCGCGUAUCUCGAGAAUGAACUAGAAAAGCUCGAUAAAAAAGACAAGGAAAACGAUGCCGACAGAUUGAAUUCUCUGCCUUUCGAUCCGGAAACGUUACUUGCCAGCCACACUCCAGCUCAGGCUCAAUAUCAACCUACUUCUAUCCAAACAUCCCCGACAACAUCGAAAGCAGGAAAGGAGCAAAAGAAGACGAACGAGGAUAACCGAUGGGACGACAAAGACCUCAUCCUGGAAUCCGCAAUAUCGAGAUUGAAGAAUUAUCAUGAGCUACUCCUUCUCGGUAAAGAAACGCAGAACCUGCCACGUAUCUCUAGAAGAGAGCAUAGGGCAUUCUAUGACGAGGUGGAGAGCCGUCAUACGCUUUUUGAUGCAUCAGCAUACCAGUUCCUAUAUCCAAACGAUGACUUCGUUACUACAAAUACCGACCGUGUGCACCACUACUUUGAAAGAUUAAUAUACGGGGACACACCCAUCAAGAAACUCAUCAAGGGGAUCUUUGGGCGAACGGACGAGAACUUUAACCUCGAAAUUGACAACCGGAUUUUAGUCGUUGCCUUCAAGGUCCUCGUAGUAUUCACGAGCGGAUUACUACUGCUUUCUCCAGUUGCUAUACUUCUCCUUGUGAACCUAUCUAGGAGCCUUUCAUUCGUAGUCGUGGUUGUUUUCAGUUUUGCAUUUGUAGCUGCCUUGACCUGUUUGAAGUCUAAUUGGGACACAAUCCUCGUCGGCCUAAGCGCAUAUAUGGCGGUACUCGUCACAUUCCUAUCGAACCUGGAGCAGGGAAAGACUUAACCUCUUUUUGAAUGAUGAUGAGGCGGGUGCUUGAUAAACAAACGAGACACUCUUUUAAAUAAAAUCCAUCUUGGAUUUCACAUUCUACAUUUCCUACCAUACUACUGCCUGUGCUCCUCUGUGAUAUAUAUAUAACCUAUUAGAUCUUUAUAUUUAUUAUAUUUAUUAUAUUUCCGGGUUCGGCAUAUGGUGUAAGGUACGGAUUCCUGUUAAAACUAUUUUUAGGUGCUACACAAAGCAGCUAUGGAGUAAAAAGGUAGAUACUUAACUAAGAUAUUCCAUGUAAAGACCUAUAAAGUGGUUGUAAAGUGGUUGUUAGUUGUAUGUAACGGCUUCGUGUUAAGGGGGUAGAUCUGUUUUCUGUCAAAUGCGUAAUUCGGGCCAAUCACAUAUUACACAUAUAUUUCUUACCCUACGUAUAAACAUUGAUCUGAUUUAAUCAAACACCAGCUUUACAGACGGCUCUAAGCGCUUAUCCAGUCCGUAUACCUGGCUUUUGUCGCGUAAUCCGAGAGACUCGUAACCAUCUCUGCAAAGUUUCGGACGAAAAAACAUCCUAUAAAGAAAGUCGAAUUACUUCAAAAUGUUAGAGUUAAU